AUGGGGCGUUGGUUCUCUAUCGGACUCGUCGCCCUCUUGGCCAAAUCCGCAACAUGUUGGCCCUACGAUUCCUCUCUGACUGAUUAUAACUUGAAUGAGAACAAGACUGCUACAGACCCCGCGCAAUAUUGGGGAGAAUGGCCAAACCAUAAAGGGAAAUACUUCCCAUCCCCACAGAAUUGGAGAAUGCCAACCUACACAAUCUUCUUGGAUCGAUUCGUCAAUGGCGAGCCAGGAAACGACAACAUUAACGGAACAUUAUUUGAACAUGACCUUAACUCAAACCAGAUGCGUCACGGGGGUGACGUUGCUGGUUUAGUCGACACAUUGGACUAUCUCCAGGGAAUGGGCAUCAAGACGCUAUACCUUGCCGGAACAUCUUUAAUGAACCAGCCUUGGGGAUUUGAUGGAUAUUCUGCACUUGAUACAACCUUACUCGAUCAACAUUAUGGUACCAUUCAAGAAUGGCGCAAUGCUAUCACCGAAAUCCACAACCGGGGGAUGUAUGUCAUUUUUGACAAUACUAUUGCUACACUCGGUGACCUCAUCGGCUUCGACGGCUAUUUAAAUACGACCUCGCCUUUCACAGAGAAGGAGCACCAAGCAACCUGGAAGACAGAUCGUCGAUACGUCGAUUUCGAUAUCGGAAACACAUAUAAUGCCACUUGCGAUUACCCCCGAUUCUGGUUUGAGGAUGGAAAUCCUGUCAAUGAAUCACAAAUUGCAGGUCUAGUCGGCUGCUAUGACAGUGACUUCGACCAGUAUGGUGAUAUCGAGGCCUUCGGUGUUUUCCCCGACUGGAAGCGUGAAUUAGCCAAAUUCGCAUCCGUGCAAGAUCGUCUCCGAGAAUGGUAUACACCAGUCCGCGAGCGAUUGAUCCGCCACUCCUGUAUGAUCAUAGCCUCCUUGGAUAUCGAUGGAUUCCGAUACGACAAGGCCACACAGUCUACCGUCGACGCGCUUGGAGAUAUGUCCGGGGCUUACCGUGAGUGCGCACGCAACGUUGGCAAACAUAACUUCUUCAUUGCCGGCGAAAUCACCGGAGGUAACCAGUUCGGUGCCGUGUAUCUCGGACGAGGCAAACAGCCAGAUCAAUAUCAGAACGACACAACCACGGCGAUGCUGUUGACAAAUGAGUCCGCGCCACAGAACUUUUUACGUGACCUUGGCAAGGAAGCCAUCGAUGGCGCAGCCUUCCAUUACUCAACAUAUCGUGCUCUCACUAGAUUCCUCGGCAUGGAUGGACAACUUUCCGCUGGUUACGAUGUAGAUGUUGAUUUUGUUAUAUCAUGGGGUGAAAUGGUCAACACAAAUGAUCUGAUUAAUGCCAACACUGGAGAAUUUGAUCCAAGACACAUGUUUGGUGUGACCAACCAAGAUGUGUUUCGCUGGCCUGCAAUCCAGUAUGGCUUGGAGCGUCAGCUUUUGGGUUCUUUCAUCACUACCUUGCUUCUUCCUGGCGUUCCUCUGGCUCUAUGGGGUGAAGAGCAGGCGUUUUACAUCUUAGAUGCGACCGCAUCCAACUACAUCUACGGACGACAAUCUAUGUCGCCUGCGAAUUCCUGGAUGGCCCAUGGCUGCUUUGCGUUGAACUCAUCUCAAUACUAUCAAUGGCCCAUCGAUGAGGGCAAAGGUCGUCAGGGAUGUCUGGAUGAAACUGCUGCCUACGAUCACCGUGACCCCAGUCAUCCGGUGCGAAAUAUUAUGAAACACAUGUACCAGAUGCGUGAAAAGUACCCUGUGUUGAACAAUGGCUACAGUCUCACAACUUUGUCCAAGAAUACAACGGAAGUUCGCUACCCUGGUUCCGGAACAGUAGACACUGAAACGGGAAUGUGGUCGGUUCUUCGCAACAUCAACUCUGAAGCCCAGCCCAAGGAAUCUUCUAAUUCUGAUUACCAACCAGUGUGGUUGGUAUAUCAAAAUGUCAACAGAACCAUGGACUACGACUUUGACUGCGAUUCGAAUAGCACAGCUCUAAUUGCGCCAUUCGACACUGGCACCUGGGUGCAAAAUCUUUUCUAUCCUCACGAUAAAAUGAAAUUGGUAGAUGGACCUGUCUCGCUUGGCUUGAAUGGGUCAAAGAGCGUUAGUGGUUGUUAUCCCAACAUAACAUUGAACGCAUACGAGUUCCGUGCGUAUGUCCCAUUGGAAAAUUUUGAAAGCCCCGAUCCCAUGGUCACAAAAUUCACUCCUGGUCAUGAUUUCCCCAUGCUAUCCAAUGUUGCUCCCGACAGCCCAGAAAACGUGACAAUCGAGUUUUAUUUCUCUGAGGCAAUGAGCUGCAGCUCUGUAACAAACAGUUUGUCAUUCAACUCUUCCACUGAAAUUGGCAAGAUGCCUACAGUUGACACCAACUCUGUCCAAUGUUCAAACCUUACGUUACCCAAAAACAUGUCGUGGACAGGAGAAAUCCCGAGUGCUUGGAAGUGGAAAGCCAAUCUGACCGAUGUUUACAACGGAGUUCAUCGACUGAAUCUCAACAAUGUGUCCAAUUUCCAUGGAACUGCGUACACAGGCUCAAACGACCAUUUCCUACUUCGACUUGGACAGUUUGAUAACCCGAUGGUUUUCAACAGCGCAAACUACUCCAUCAGUUUGCUUUAUCAACACACAAACAACGACAGUCUUUACAUUAAGCACCACUCUGCCGGCGCAGAUAAAUAUCGCUACUCAACCAACUGGGGAACAAGCUUCUCAGACUGGAUGCCCUACAAGGGCGGCAACGAUACCAUUCAGCGCCUCCCUUGGUCUGGUACCAAAAAGCAGGAAUGGACAGGCGACCAUGUCCGGGUUGAAUAUUGGAGUCGAUGGACUGGAAGCAGUGACUACGUCCAAGAAGGCGAUGCAAACUGGGCUUUCGGUCAACGGCGCUUCCCUCAUGUCUUCUUCAAUGGACCUUACAACGAGUACGGAUAUGACGGUGGCCUCAGCAACGCCGCACAUCUGGACGAAGACGAUGGAAAUUGGAAAUACCAUUUCACAUCCGAGUGGCCUGCAGUCGGUCAGCUCAAUAUCUGGGGAAUCAACCCCGACGGACAGCCUGAUCAAUCCUGGGUCCUGGGUGACGUUGAUUACGACUAUGUAUUGGACAGAAUGCCACCGUCCUCUCUGUCGGCUACUCUGAUCAAUAUCACUGAUGCGCCAUCGGAUGGACACCUCUCCUGGCAGGUCACUAUCAAUGAUGCCACCAUGCGCUAUCAGCUAGUGCCCGUUGGAAACCAAAAGGUCCAAAUCGCCAUGUACGUUCUUUUCUGGAUCUUGCCUGUCUUGACUGGUUCAGCCUGUGUCUACAUUUUCAUGAAGUCAUUCUACAAGGUUAAGUUCAACCAAGUCGGAAUCAGUGAGAAGCGCAGCUUGGCUCCGAUAAUUUUAUUGAAGAAGUUCAAGCUAUCUUCCUCUCUUAAUAACGGUACAAACAAGGGAUUCUUCAGUCGGGCUAAGAGCUCUGCCUUCAUGCAAAGUACUACUGCGCUUGGAGCUGCUGGCGCCACAGGAAAGCGCCGCAUGGUCCUCAUUGCUACCAUGGAAUACGAUAUUGAAGACUGGGCUAUCAAGAUCAAAAUUGGAGGUCUUGGUGUUAUGGCCCAGCUUAUGGGUAAGACCUUGGGACACCAAGAUCUGAUCUGGGUCGUUCCCUGUGUCGGUGGCAUUGACUAUCCCGUGGAUCAAGUUGCUGAGCCCAUGACCGUGACUAUCUUGGGUAGUGCAUACAGGGUCCAGGUGCAAUACCAUGUCUUGAACAAUAUCACCUAUGUGUUGCUUGACGCUCCAGUCUUCCGCCAGCAGUCUAAAUCCGAACCGUACCCCGCGCGUAUGGAUGACCUGGACAGUGCCGUUUACUAUUCAGCCUGGAACCAGUGUAUUGCUGAGGCUAUUAAGCGUUUCCCAAUUGAUCUUUACCACAUCAACGAUUACCACGGCUCUCUUGCUCCUCUGUACCUUUUGCCCGAAACUAUCCCUGCUUGUCUCUCUCUUCACAAUGCUGAGUUCCAAGGUCUUUGGCCCAUGCGCACAGUUAAGGAGAGGAAGGAGGUUUGCUCAGUCUUCAAUCUUGAUGAGGAGACUGCUCGCCGUUAUAUUCAAUUCGGUGAAGUUUUCAACCUCCUUCACGCGGGUGCAAGUUACCUACGUGUUCACCAGCAGGGAUUCGGUGCUGUCGGUGUGUCAAAGAAAUACGGCAAGCGAUCCUACGCUCGUUAUCCUAUUUUCUGGGGUCUGCGCAAAGUGGGUAAUCUGCCUAACCCAGAUCCCUCCGAUGUGGGUGAGUGGACCAAGCAGCCCACCGAGGAGAAGGAUAUCACAGUCGACGCUGAAUAUGAAGCCGGCCGCGGUGAAUUAAAAAGACAAGCACAAGAUUGGGCAGGUCUUGAACAAAACCCAGAUGCAGAUCUAUUGGUAUUCGUCGGUCGCUGGUCGAUGCAGAAGGGUGUCGACUUGAUCGCCGACGCCAUGCCCGCCGUUCUAGAAGCUCGCCCCAACGUACAAGUUAUUUGUAUCGGACCUGUUAUUGAUCUCUACGGAAAGUUUGCCGCACUUAAGCUCGGUCGCAUGAUGGAAGUUUAUCCUGGCAGAGUGUUUUCGAAGCCUGAGUUCACUGCUCUUCCCCCAUUUAUCUUCUCUGGUGCGGAGUUUGCCCUUAUUCCAUCUCGUGAUGAGCCCUUUGGCCUUGUCGCCGUCGAGUUUGGUCGAAAGGGAGCCUUGGGUAUUGGAGCCCGUGUCGGUGGUUUGGGCCAGAUGCCAGGCUGGUGGUAUAAUGUGGAAUCCACUUCGACAUCGCAUCUGCUCGUUCAGUUCAAAUUGGCUAUCGACGCUGCUCUCAAUUCUAAGACUGCCACUCGAGCAAUGAUGCGUGCCAGAUCUGCAAAGCAAAGAUUCCCCGUUGCCCAAUGGGUUGAAGAUCUCGAAAUUCUUCAGUCAACCUCAAUUCAAGUUCACGAUAAGGAGGUUUCUAAAGGUCAUGGCCUCGCUCGAACUCAACCCAAUUCCGGGAGAAGCACCCCUGUUGGUACCAUGACACCCGGAGCUAUGACACCUGGGAACAUGACACUUAGUCCCCUGCCUUCACCUGGAAUCCGAUCAGCAUUCCCGCAUUCCAGAGAUAGCAGCUACUCAAGCUUCAACCAAUUCAGUGAUUUGGGCUCACCAAAGCGAAACCUUUUCAGUCGCGAUGGUAGCUCCACUCCUGAGACCGAGAAGCCAAAGUCCGGCCUCAACCGUUCUCUUUCAUUGGGUGUACGAGUCGGACCUGGUCAUUCGGGACGUGGUACUCGCCGUGCUCAGCGCGGAGAUGAUUCUCAAGGUUCCGGCAAUAGCAGCGACAUUGAAGAAGAGAGCAGUGAUGAACAGAGCGUUUAUGGCGAUGAUGAGUACACUCUCACCUCCGCGCAAGCCGAGGAACAGAGACUAGCCCAGGCUGCUCACCGUCACGAACGGCCAAUUUCUACUCAUAGACGCGCCCCCAGUCAGGAGUCUAUGCAUCCCAGAUACGCAUCCCCAAUGACUAGCCCAAGCAUACCCCCACCUACAGAUUCACUCCUUCUUCCACCUCAACCUAUCAUGAACAACAGAUUUAGCAAUGGAUCUGUACUUUCUCUAGACUCUGUGGUGGGCAACAAGAAAGACUUCCGACUGCAGAAGGUUGAUCCAUUCUUCACGGAUGGCAACGGCGAGUACUACCAUAUGUUCGAGCAGAAGCUGGCUGACUUGAAUGGCUCCAACUCUGAGGGACCUCUUUGUAUCGAAGAGUACCUUAUCAAGAGUGAGCAGGAAUGGUUCAAUCGUUUCCGCAAUGCCAGAUUGGGUCGUCACAAGUCACCUACUCCAUCCAUUGUGCACUCAAGACACGACUCCCCAACUGGAUCUUAUAACGACGAUGAAGCCCUAUCGCACAUUGCCGAUAGUGACGAUAAUCAUUCAGAGGAUGACGAGUUCCUGCUUGGAAAGGACUACGUUCCUCCCACCGGACUUAGGAAGUGGAUGCAGAUUAAGGUCGGAGACUGGCCGGUCUACUCAAUCUUCCUUGCUUUGGGUCAGAUUAUUGCUGCAAACUCUUACCAGAUUACUUUGCUUACAGGCGAGGUCGGUGAGACUGCUGAGAAGCUUUAUGGAAUUGCGACUACUUACGCUAUUACCUCUAUCUGCUGGUGGCUGGUAUAUCGGUACUUCAAGUCAGUUGUCUGCUUGUCAACACCAUGGUUCUUCUAUGGUAUUGCUUUCCUCUUGAUUGGAUCCGCUCACUGGGUGGAUGAUUCAUUCACUCGUGGCUGGGUACAGAAUAUCGGAAGCGGAUGCUACGCAGCUGCUUCAUCUAGCGGGUCUAUCUUCUUUGCCUCGAACUUUGGUGACGAAGGUGGUGCACCUGUUAAAACGUGGAUCUUCCGUGCUUGUGUCAUCCAGGGUAUCCAACAAGCAUACGUGAUUGGCCUUUGGUACUGGGGCUCGAUUUUGAGCAAGGCUUCCAGUGAAGGUCUUUUAACCUCUGACAACACAAUUUCCAGCACAUGGAAGAUGACUGCCAUUUGCUAUCCUAUCGCCAUUUUCCUUUUCGCCGUCGGUCUUCUUUUGAUCCUCGGAUUACCAGAUUAUUAUCGUCAGAAGCCUGGCAAGGUUCCCUCUUUCUACAAGUCCCUUUUCCGCAGGAAGAUUGUCCUCUGGAAUUUCGUCGCAGUUAUUCUACAGAACUUCUUCCUUAGCGCGCCAUAUGGACGAAACUGGAGCUUCCUUUGGAACUCCAUUCACACUCACCCCUGGGAAAUCGUUAUCCUGUGCAUUGUCUUCUUCGGAAUAGUAUGGUGCAUCUUCCUAUAUAUCGUCAGUCGAUUCUCCAAGAAACACAGUUGGUUCCUUCCUGUGUUCGCCUGUGGCCUAGGUGCACCACGCUUCAUCCAAAUCUGGUGGGGUGUCUCAGGCAUUGGGUAUUAUCUACCAUGGGUUGCGGGAGGAGCUACCAGUGGAGCAUUGGCAUCACGUAGUGUUUGGCUCUGGCUUGGUGUUCUCGAUUCCAUCCAAGGUCUUGGAUUUGGUAUUAUUUUACUUCAAACCUUGACCCGUGUGCAUAUGUGCUUUGCCCUCAUUGCAUCCCAAGUCCUUGGUUCUAUUGCGACGAUUUGUGCGCGAGCCUUUGGGCCGAACAACCUUGGCCCUGGUCCAAUCUCUCCUGAUGUGACUAAAGGUGUUGAUUCUAUUGCAAAUGCUUGGUUCUGGGUGGCUUUGUUCUGUCAACUUUUGAUUUGUGCUGGAUUCUUGCUCUUCUUCCGGAAAGAACAGCUCUCUAAACCUUAA